AGAAAAGACGAAGAAGAAGAAGAAGAAGAGGAAAGCAGAUGUGACGUCGUAGUGUUUACACCAUUGGUUCACACAUUGUUCAGUCGAGUCGCAAGUAAACGCGAGCUAAGAAACUGGAUUUAAUAGAAUUUCCCUUUGUAUUCACCCGCAGAGUUUGGGCGUAUUUCAAUGGGUGCCCACGGGGUUUUGGGGAAUGAGCCCGAGUCUAUUGACUACUCGGUGCACGAAGCCUGGAAUGAGGCCACCAAUGUCUACCUGCUGGUUAUCCUGGUCAGCUUCUGCCUGCUGAUCUACGCCAGAAAAAACAAGAGGAAGAUCAUGCGUAUCUUCUCUCUGCCUCCCACCGUCGGCAGCAGCCCGGAGCCCAACUUCUACGAUAGCCUGCAGAAGGUCCGCCUGCGACAGCAGCUGGAGAUGUACUCUCUGGCCAGGAAAUUUGAGCAGCAGCAGGGCCAGACAGACAGUGUGCAGCUCUCCAUGGAAUGAGAGCAGGAGGGAUCUCAUCCCUUUCUGUCAGAGCAAACACUCCUGCGUCUUCAAGCCCUCUGUACGUGGAUAGGAAAGGACUUGGAUGGCUGUCAUGAUCAAAGAUCGUUCAAACGCCGCUGCUCCUUUCACGGUUGUUUCUGUUUGGCUUCUCGAAUGAGAAGUGUCUUCAUGUACCUUCUGUUGUCUCUUCUUCGUCUGUUAUGUAUGGAAUAGGUACAGCUGGAUGGAUGGAGAAGCCAAGGGCAGUUUGGCAUCUUGCAGGUCUGCUGGAUGGCAUCUAGCAGUGACUCUAAUUUGGAUUGAGGAAUGAUAAAGGUGUAACUGCAGCAGAUAGACAUGCACUGAUACUUUCAGUAUAUUGUGAGAUUAAAAAAAACAACAACCAUGAAGAGGUUCUUGCACAUACAGAUCAUUCCAAUUUAACAUACAUUCUAGUUGGUUUCCAUUUUUUUUUAUACUUGUUAUUUGUCUUAAAUGUGAAAAUAAAGGCACAUAAACCUAAA